AACAGGCAGGUCCACGAGGUCCAGUCGUACAUGGGCCGACUCGAGACUUCAGACAAGCAGUCAGUCCACUUGGUGGAAAAUGAGAUUCAGGCAAGGAUAGACAGCAUCUUCAGCAACCUGGAACGACUGGAGAUUUUUUGCAACAAGGAACCUCCGAAUAAGCGCCAGAAUGCCAAACUCCGAGUCGACCAGUUGAAAUAUGAUAUCCAGCACUUGCAGACAGCCCUGAGAAACUUCCAGCAUCGACGCUAUACGCGGGAGCAGCAGGAAAGGCAGCGCGAGGAACUUCUGGCCCGGACGUUUACCACGAAUGAUUCUGACACCACCAUCCCCAUUGACGAAACGUUACAGUUUAAUGAGUCCCUCCAAAACGCGCACCGUGGCAUGGACGAUCUUAUUGGCAGCGGAACCAGCAUCCUGCAGGGCCUGAGGGAUCAGAAAGUGACACUAAAGGGCACCCAGAGGAAGAUCCUGGACGUGGCCAACAUGUUGGGCCUGUCCAACACCGUCAUGCGGCUCAUUGAGAAACGUGCCUUCCAGGACAAGUACUUCAUGCUCGGCGGGAUGGUGGUGACCUGCGUGAUCAUGUUCCUCGUGGUGCAGUAUCUGACGUGAGCGGCUGGAUGAUGCGGAGACCCUCCAGCGGACAGCUCCGGGCUGCCUUUCUGCCUAAGACUCCCAAUAUAACUGUGAACUCCCGCCUCCCGGAUCGAUCGUGUUCCGCGCACGGCUCCCGUGAGACGUGGGCCUGGCGACCUGUGGGCUGAUGAACCACUCGGUGACGACUGGCACCCAUUAAGCCACAUGACGCUCCUAUUUAAGUCUCAUUCUUCAGCCACGUGACGGGCCUGUCGUCGCCCUUGUGGCACUUGGGUCUAGCUCCCCCC